AUGCCCACCAACGAUCCGGCCCCCUCGCUCGGUGGCUCCUUCCCCCCGCUGGGAGGACCCGGCUACGGUGGAAGUGGCGGCGGCGGUGGAGUGGAUCAGAGUGGCCUGGGUGCCGGCCCUGUUGCCCCAGCCCCCGUUCCGCUCUACCAGGUCCCCGCCCCGCUCGCCAGCACGACAGCAGCCUCUCCUCUCUCUGGCGCCCCCGUGGCCACCACGGGCGUGGCUUCCCCCUGGGGCGUACCGGCCUACCCAGUAGGCCAACAGCCCAGCGGCGGCGGCGGAGUGGCAUCGCCUUUCGCUGCUGGAGGCCCUCUUGUAGGCGCACCCCCGCCCCAUGGCGGUGGCGGGUUCAGCCCUUCGCCCCCCACCGCGGGACCCGGCAGCACGGGCGUUGUUGGUGGCGCCGGGCCUGCCUACCCUUCCCUGGAGACGCCCAGCCUCUACUCGGCCUACCCCGAAACGGCCACUCUCGGCUUCUACGGCGGCAGCGGCGGGGCUCCUCCCCCGUCAGGCCCGCCCGCUGGUGGCCCGCCCCUCCAGCCGACCGGACACCCGACUACUGCCGGCACUGCGGCUACUGGAGUGGCGCGCAGGCACUACCCCGUUCCCGACUUUGACGCCGAGGGCGGCCCCUCCUCAUACGACUCUGCUCUUGCCGACGUGACCCAGAUGGCGGGUAGCAUGCACGUGAGCGGCGGAGUGCAGACAGGUGGUGCGCCGGGAGCCGGCCUGUAUGGCGGUGGACCUCCGCAGCCUGCGCGCGGGCUGCCCGUUGGGCCAACGGGACAGCAAGUCGCCCACCCGGUCACUCCUCCAGAGGAUCCUUCCCAGAAGCCCGACCCCGAGUCCGCUUGCCCCUCUUGCUGGAUGCGCAUGACCGUGAACGCCGUCCCCUCCACACCCGCGCUUGGCCAAAAGGCGGCGAUCCCGCUGGGCUGUAUCCUGCAGCCCAUGGCUCCGUCGGACGAGCACAAAAUACCGGUGGUCAAUUUUGGGCGUACGGGCAUCAUCCGGUGCAGGAAGUGCCGCGCCUACAUCAACCCCUUCGUGAACUUCUUGGAAGGCGGCCGGCGCUGGAGGUGCAACCUGUGCGAUCUGGUCAACGAAACACCCAACGACUACUUCAGCGAGCUCGAUCGCAAUGGCCGCCGCAAGGACUGGGCCGAACGAGCGGAGCUCUCCAAGGGCUGCGUAGAGUUUGUCGCUCCUUCGGAGUACAUGGUCAGACGGCCGAUGCCGCCCACCUACUUUUUCGUGAUCGAUGUCUCCUACUAUUCGGUCUCGUCCGGCAUGCUCCAAACACUCGCCGAGACUGUGAAGAAGACGCUCGAUAACCUGCCCGACACCGAGCGCACUAAUGUCGGCUUCAUCACCUUCGACAGCUCCAUCCACUUCUACAACCUCAAGCCGCGGAUGUUGGUGGUGUCGGACGUGGAGGACGUGUUCCUGCCUCUCCCCGACGACAUGCUCGUCAACCUCAAGGACUCGCGCUCUGUCGUCGACACUCUCUUGGACCGCUUGCCAGCCAUGCACGCCGGAACGCAGAACGUGGAGAGUGCUCUCGGCCCUGCCCUCAAGGCGGCCUGGAAUGUCAUGCGCAUCGUGGGCGGUAAGAUGCUGUUGUUCUUGAGCCGACUCCCCUCAGUGGGCUUUGCCUCGCUGAAGAUGAGAGAGGACCCGAAGCUGCUCGACCCCAUCGUUGCCGCCGCCGCCGCUGCGUUGGCUGGUACGGACAAGGAGGUGGCCCUUCUGAAGCCGGACAACCAGUUCUACAAGGAUUUCGCCCUCGAUUGCUCGCGACAGCAGAUCGCAGUCGACCUCUUCCUCUUCUCUCCCCACUAUACCGACGUGGCCACACUGAGCGUGCUGCCGCAGUUCACCAGCGGGCAGACGAUCUACUACCCGGCCUACAACGCGGAGAAGGACGCGGAGAAGUUUGCGGGCGAUCUCACCCACGUCCUUACCAGAGAAACUGGCUGGGAGGCCGUCAUGCGCGUACGCGCCACCCAUGGCGUCAAGGUGAGUGCGCACUACGGCAACCUCUACAUCAGGAGCACGGACCUCAUGGCCCUGCCCACGGUCGAUUCCGACAAAGCCUUUGCCGUGCAGUUGCAGGUCGACUCGGUCAAGGAUCCGUUGAACGAUCGUAAGUACGUGUCCAUUCAGAACGCGCUCCUCUACACCACUUCCCAGGGCGAGCGGAGGAUCAGAGUUGCCACGGUCUGUCUCCCCGUGACGUCGUCACUCUCAGACCUCUUCAAGUUCGCCGAUGUGGACGCUGUCGUCGCCCUGACAUCCAAGAUGGCGGUCGAAAAGGUUUUGAUGACCAAGCUGUCGGACGCACGCCAGGCCGUUCUUCACAAGUGCAUCGACAUCCUUUCCGUGUACAGAGCGUCCUUUGCGUCGGCGGGCACAAGCAGUACGCAGCUGGUGCUGCCCGAGUCGCUGAAGCUUCUUCCCCUCUACACCCUCGCCCUCAUCAAGCAUAUUGCUCUCCGCUCCGGUGCCGACAUCAAGCCCGACGAGAGGAGCUACCACUUGGCCCUCCUUCGAACCCUGGGCGUGUCCGACUCCAUCUGCCUCCUCUACCCUCGCCUCUACCAGCUCAACGUCAUGCCCGCCGAGUGCGGAACCGUCGAUGAGGGCGGCAAGGUCGUUCUGCCGCCGGUGAACAACCUGUCGAGCGAGAAGUUGGACCAGAGCGGCAUCUUCUUGUUGGAUGACGGGCAAUACCUCCUCCUGUGGGUGGGCAAGCUCGCCGCACCCGAAGCCGUGCACGCCCUGUUCGGUGUGCCCAGCCUCUUUGGCGUGGACGACGCCCUCCUCAAGCUCGUGGACCAGGGCAACGACUUCUCGCAGCGGGUGGUGGCCAUCGUCAACGCCCUGCGCGCCUCGCACCCCUGCCACCAAAAGCUCUACGUCGUCCGGGAAGGCGACCCUCUCGAGUACCGCUUCUUUGCGCACUUUGUGGAGGACAACUCCAAGACGCUGCCCUCCUACUACGAGUUCCUAUGCCAGCUCCAGAGGCAGGUCCAGACCCGAGCCAAGUGA